UCCACAUUUCUUUAUAUAUCGAAAUAAUAACUAUCAAGUUACCUUGAAAAAUUUAUCGACAGUUGCAUACUGUAGUCCUAACUUGGUUCCACGUAGGCAGCCAAUUCAGUAAGCAUUAAAUAUUUGUUGAUUGAAACAAUGAAUGAAUAUGAAAUUUCAAUUGACAUUCAUUCUAGCAAAUUGCAAGAAUGGUUGAUAAGUAGGAGAAUAGUACCCAAAAAUAUUCAACCUUAUGUUGAAGAUAUUCGUGCAAAAAUAAGUAAUGCCCUGAAUGAUAUGCCAUGUAACGACGGACUUGUAAAACUGUUAUCUGGGAACUAUGUUAAUUAUUUUCAUUGUAAAGAAAUAAUAGAGAUUUUAAAACAAACUGAAAAAGACACGAAAAGUGUUUUUGGAACCUACGGAAGUCAGCGCAUGAAGGAUUGGUUAGAAAUUUUGAAAUUAUACGAAAAACAAAAUAUUUACAUCGGAGAAGCUGCACAAAUUUUUGUACGAAAUUUAAACUACGAAAUCCCGAACAUGAAAAAGCAAAUAGCCAAGUUGGAACAACGAAGUGAAGAAUGUUUAAAAAAAAUUUAUGAUUUUGACAAAACUAAGCAGACUCUUCUGAGUGAACGUGGUCUCUUAUGCCUCCAACUCGGCAUCAAAGGAGAAGAUCUAAAAAAUGAGUUGAAUGAAAAAAUCAAAGAAUUGCCAAAAAUUUAUGAAAAAUCUGUUUCUGAUUUAAAAAAUAUAAUAGAAACUGUUGGUGUGUAUAUAGAAUUAUCAGGAAAUUGCAACUCGAUACCGCUUCUUAAGCAUGUUGCUGAAUUUGGCAAUACCACGGUCUAUCAGUAUUUAAAUAAGGAAGUUCCUUUAAAGAUAGAAAAGAAUUAUGUAAAUUUAAGCAUUGAUUCAAAUCUAUAUGAAAUUGAUUAUCCGAGUAGAAAUUUUGGGAAAACUCUAAAUAUUGAAAAAGAAACAGUACCAAUGGAUUCGCCAUUUGAAUUUACAAGCAUUAUUCGUUUUGAACCAACAGGGGUUACAUCAGCAAAAGGAGCUGAAAAUAAAUUACCAGAAAACAAUAAGGAAGUUACAAAAAUAAAGGAAUUUAAAUGGGCAACUGGUGAUCAAGCAUAUUCAAUAAUGGAUUCUCCAUACUACCGAGAAAAAUUUAUUGAUGAACUAUAUGAAUUAGAGUCCUUCCUAAAGUUACGAGAAUAUGAAAUUAGUCAACAUGAUAUUGGCAACAAUGUAAUAUUUUCAUUAAUGGGUAACAUGUCUUCCCAUGAUCUGAUAAGCGUUCAAAAACAACAGAAACAAUUAGAGCAAAUUAUAGCAAAUGUUCAAAGUGAACAAGCGCAACAUCUGUUUCAGCUUAAGCAUUCUCCCAAAUACACUAAUAUUUUAGUAGGAAAAUUCAAACAAAAGCUCAUUGCUGUUGAAAAAAUAAAAACUGCGCAAGGAUUAUUGAAAGCUAAAUCAGUUGAAUUAAAGAAAGAGAAAGAUCAGUUAAAGCCCUUGCUAACUAAUACAAUUGCUAAAACUAAGUUAUUACAGUCGCAAAUCGAAAGUGAUAUAUCUAAAAGAUAUAAGAAUCGUCCAGUUAAUAUAGUUAGUGGUAUUAACGUUAUCUAAUCAAAUCAUUUUGUCAAAUCAAAUCACUUUUCUAAAUUAAUCUUUUUUUAAGCCAAACAAAAACGUUAUUAUGUGAAGAUAUGGUGGAUUUCAAAAUUUAUUCUUUUAGGAAAAGCAAUAUUUCAAGGAUUUCAGCGUUUUCCAAUUAGCAAAGUUGCAAGGAAUGCUUUUUAAAAUUUCUACAACGUAGAAUAAUUUCUGUCAUAUAAAUAAGUUUUUAAGAAAUAGAAUUCGAGUUUGAAUUUAGAAGGACCCUAUUUAUUUUCUAUUUGAUUACACUGUAUCAAAUAAAACUUUUCAUAAAUCAAUAAAUGACUUUUUGAAAAAAAAUCGAUUUAUUUGUACUAAAAUUUUUAUAGUGCGAAUUGAAACUGGUGUGGUACUAUGGGUCCACAAAUUAGAAAUACUAAAGGUAGGAACAUCUUUGUUUCUAUCUCGCUUACACUCUCUCAUUGAAUUAUUUAUAUCUUUAUGUAGGUAUAAUUUUUAGCGAAUAUUGGUUAAUAUGAUGGUUAUUGCUUGCUGAAGUAGAUGGUAAGCCUUUUCAUCAAAGUAUAUCUAUUAAUAAGUAAUUCGACUCUCCGUCGAAUUACUUAUUAAUAGAUAAUAAAAAAAAUUAGUUAGGAAGCUUUAAAAAAAUAUACGCACAUUUUUAUGUAUCUAAAAUUUUUACGAAUUUUUGAAAACUAUUAUAACAAUUUUUUUUUUGGAAUAUUUCUUUUAACUUUAUAAUAAUAUUUAUCUGUUAUACAUAUAUUAAAAAAAAUAAAACAAAAAAUUUAAA